AUGGAUAAGGAUCGUUAUACGGCGCUACGCCUCACCUUCCGCAGGCCUCGCGUGCGCUCGGUGCGGCUGUGCGACUGGCCGGAGGCGACGCUCGACCCCACGGCGCUGGCCCGAGCCUUCCCGGGCGCCCAGCAGGUGGCGCUGCUCAACGCCAACGUCUCCCGCCUCUCCGCGCCGUUCCCGCCCAUGGCCAAGCUCGAGACGCUGAACAUGACGGGUCUCGGCCUCCGCGAAUUAUCGGAGGACGCCCUUGGGAACCUCACGUCUCUCCGCACGCUGGACUUGCGGAAUAAUCACCUGGAGCGUCUGGAUCCCGAGCUGUUCGACGACCUCGAUGAGCUGAAGCAAGUCUACUUGUCAGGUAACAGGUGGGACUGCGCGACGGCCGACCUGACGUGGCUGCUGGGCGACGACGGAGCGAUCGUCAAGGACCGCGACGCCAUGCGCUGCGGAGACGCCAACUUCACGGAGCGGCCAGUCGUGCGAGUCAUGUACUUCAUCAAGGCGAUGCAGGAGAAGUGCCCCAGCAACUGCACGUGCUGGAUGGGCUACGUGGCGCCCACCAAGGAGGGCUUCCUGCUGCCCAUCAUCACCGUCGACUGCAGCGGCCGCGGACUCACGCAGCUGCCCGAGGACGUCCCGGAGAACACCACCACCCUCAUCCUCACCGGCAACAAGAUCCGCGACGUGUCGCGGCUGUCGCGCGGCCUGGGCCACUACCCGCGCGUGCUGGACGUGCAGCUGGACGACAACGAGGUGUCCUCGCUGGACGAGCUGGAGGGCUCCCGCUGGCUGUCCACCUUCCGCGCGUUCAGCGUGCGCGGCAACCGGCUCUCGCAGCUGCCCGCCUACGCCUUCGACGACGCGCUCGAGCACAACGGCAACGCACUGCGCCUCGCGCUCGGCCACAACCCCUGGCUCUGCGACUGCCACGUCACGCCUCCGUUCCAGGUGCUACUGCUAAAGUAUUCGAAGCUGGUCACAGAUCUGGAUGACAUUCGAUGCCAGAACAUCGAUGGCGACGAAAAUGCCAAUGUCAAGGUGAAGGACGUGUCGCGCAACUCGGUGUGCCGCGUGCCGGAGGAGCAGCUGGUGCAGCCUCUGGACGUGCUCAACGGCGUGCUGGCGGCGCUCAUCGCUCUCGCGCUCGCCAAGCUCGCCUACGACUACUGGGCCUUCAAGCGCACCGGCAAGCUGCCCUGGCUCGUCGGCAAGAUGCCCUGAGCCGCGGCACCGGCCAGCCACGCAUCCAUCCGCUCCCCGCCUGCCUGCGCUAGAGGCCACGUCCACACUAUUUCAAAAAGUAACGCAGCCUUACGGGCAGAUGACCGAAUUAGAAAUGUUGCUCGAAGCGCCCCCCCCAUACGCGGUUCAUGUAGCUAAGUACGACGUCGCAAUUUCUUAAAGACGUGUAACGUUUAUCGAGGAUUUACAGAAACACACCCUUUAAUUUCAGUCUACGAUUCAGGUAUAGUGUGAGGGUUGUUUGUUAGAACUGUGAUCCAACAAAGUCAGAUUUGGUUGGCUGUUUGAGAUUUAAGACUGCCCUACCGGAAACACGUGCUUUUGUUCAGGUUUAGUGUUUAAACAUUGUUGCACCAUCUGUAUGUAGCGCUCAGUGUUCAUUAUGCCACGAAAUUAUGUGACACUGCGCGUAAAACACUUUUUGUGUAUCCAGAGGAGACUAUGAUAUGGAU